GAUCCCGGAUUUGAGGCCGCAUCUCGAGCUGUCCAAGUCUCUGAGAACGGAUUCAACCAACCCCAAUCAGGCACCGAGUGGGCCGAAGUGCCGAAGCGUAAAACCGACGUAACCAAGCAAGUCGAACCGGGCUGGUUCUACCAAAACGCUGAGGGCUGGGGGUCAGACGCAAGCCGGUUCAAGGAGUACCAUAGUGAAGGCGGUAAGAUCAUCAAUCUCGAAGACGAGGACGAUGACGAUGACGACGAUGACGAUGACGAUGAGAAUGAGAAUGAGGAUGAGGACGAGGAAACGGAUUGGGGGCAGGGCCCAACAGAACGGUGGAUGGAGAACUUUGCUCCAAAUAAGUUCGCAGACAGAGAUUAUGUUGGCUCAAACGAGCCAGAUGAUCCCGAAGUGUGUGUGAGGAAUUCCGAUGAAGACAUAAUGACUUUCGGUAAUAGAGCUCGAAUUUCUCCUCGCAGUAGCCUCGAGCAUGACAAAAAGACCUGGAGAACAGUAUCGUAUAGAUCCACAUCCACGAGAAAAGCGUUGGAUAUCACGAAAGCUUGAAUCUCACGCUAUCAAUCGCCGGGAUGACGACGACUUAGAGACAAUAUAUUUUGUACGAUACGCUACCAGGAGACUUGUCAGACUGCUGCUGCGAAACAAUGUACCAGCCCAUGAGGGUAAUACGUGGACGUCCUUUGAAGAUAUAUCAGAAAGCGAUUUCACUGAUGAUGAAACGCCGAAUUGGAAGAAUGUUCUGCGAAGAUUUACCGUCAACGCAAAGUACGAUGCUAACCGAACACAUUACCAAAACGGGUCAAUUGGCUUUAGAUUUGUUGGCGAAUUUUGCCGUUUUUGUGAAGCCCAUGAUAUCGAUAUCAUUAAAUUGAAGGCCGAGGAUAUUGAUUUGGUACGCGAGAGGGUAGAAGAAUGUCUUUAUGAUUGGCCCAAUAACUUUCAUCGCGAUCAGUUAACAGCAAACUUCGAAUUUAAACUCGCCCAGAGCUGCGAGGAUAGAAGAUCGUUAGAUAAAACUGCACUCGCCACAACAAUAGAUCCAUUGCAUGUCCCGAUAAAGGGCUUAAAUCCGAAUUACACAGCGUGGUCGGUCGUGGAAGAUGUUUCGGUAAAUGGAAACGGUAUGGUACCUGGCCGUUAUCUUAUACCUACGUUCAACCAAAGCAAAAGGCCAAUGAGAGACUAUCACUGGUUUGGUGCGGAGGUAAUUAGCCCUCCGAUGUCCCUUCAUGAUAAAGAGGCGUUUGAAGCCAUUCGAAAGGCUUGCACUGCAAUUCGUGGAAGCCUGCGUUGUCACAAGCCUAUGGAGAGCUCAACAGGACUUCACGUGCACCUGGGCCAUAAGCAUGGAUGGAACUUAUUACAGAUCAAGAGAUUUGUCACGCUCUGGGCGCUAGCGGAGCCGAUUCUUAUACAUCUUCAUAGGAAGGACCGGGGCUCAGCUCGGAUGGCGAAGUGGUGUGGUAAAAUAUCCGAGGGCACAUGUCUCGGACAGGCUCUCUCCCAUCGCGAUCCGAAUAUUCGUUAUAGGCAGAGUGGUUGUUUACCACGCUCUACCCCAGCUGAGAGAGAUCGUAGUAAAGCAAGCAUGGCCGAACACUUUGAUAUUUCGACCGUCGAAAAAAGCAUAAGAGAAUUCAUUUCCAACGUGUGGCAUUAUACGUCAAUUAGCGAUUUGACGGAUGCUUUAGCCGGCGGUGAAGAUGAUGAGAACGACUAUAUCAGACCGGCUAUUCGAAUACGCAUACGAGGUGAUAAGAAGUCGGACGAACCGAAUGAGAACAACCCCGCGACGAUAGAAGUUCGAACGAUGCACGGAACGCUCGACGCUGACCACAUACUCCAAUGGGUUAUCGUCUUGGAAAAACUUCUGGCGCUUUCGCGCAACGCUCCGAAUGCAUUAAUUAAUGGCACAGUAAAGCUCAUGAUGGGUGCGUUAAAUCGCACCAAUGAUAAAGUACAUCAAUUACUACUCGGACUUCAACUUCCUCCAAGAACAGUACACUACUUCAUGAGCGAGGUUAAUAGAACUGGGAAUGCUGCCCUUGGUGAGGACUGGUGGGUAUAUCCAGAUCGGGAUGUAGUUGAUUGGCUUGAUCCGUUCAUGGCUCCUGGGCACAAAUCAACGCAUGGACAAAAGUAUGACAUUGUUUAGAAUAUAUUAUGUUGGGAUAUCGUGGCUGGAAUGAAGGUUGUAAGUUGUAAGUUGGGGUGAAAUAGGUACCUAGGUAUUGAAGGUGACGGAUGAAAAUUAUUAUGUAAGGUAAAUACUACCUAUCAACCUUAAACCUUAAACGUCAUAGACCCUUUCUCUUUCAAGCCACAUCUCUAGCCACAAUUGCCACAACUACCAAAGAAGCAGCUGGACCCGUAAGUGAUCUAACCUAACUAG